AUGACUUCCCCAUCUCAUCAUCCAUCUCAUGCAACUGCCGUCAAUGUGGUCACUUACGUCCCACCCAUACCUCACCCCAGUGAACUUCUCGCGCCACAUCCUGAUGAAGAACCCAAUGCCUACUGGAUCAUCACCAUCGGCCAGGAGGUUGGCAUCUUUUAUUAUUGGGUGGAUGUUGCUGAACGCACACUGGGCAUUAGUGGUGCCAUCCAGGUCAGAAAAGAGACUUGGGCGGAUGCUCUGGGCCUCUACAUGAGGAAGUAUAACGAAGGCACUGUGGAGGCAUGGCCUACUGUGGGCGGGCAUUUCUGGCCCCCACAUGUCUCUCAAGCUGCAGUGUCUCCACCUUCCUUACCUUCACCCACGCCGUCAUCAACCUCCAGCGAGGAUAGUAUCUGGACAUGUGUUGAGGAUUUGUCGGAGCAUAUGAGUCAAGUAGGAAUAUAA